AUGGCUGCCAACAUGGGGUCCAUGCGUAUCCUCAUCAAGGGAGGGAAAGUGGUCAAUGAUGACUACACCCAGGAAGCUGAUGUGUACAUUGAGAACGGCAUCAUUCAGCAGGUUGGAAAGGAACUGAUGAUCCCGGGUGGCGCUAAGGUGAUUGACGCCUCCGGAAAGCUGGUGUUGCCGGGCGGAAUAGACACCAGCGUGCAUCUGCAGGAGUCCUUCAUGAAUGCCGCAAUCCAGGAUGACUUCUACAGCGGGACCAAGGCUGCUCUUAUGGGUGGCACCACCAUGGUGAUGGCGAUGGUCCUGCCUGAACAACACUGCUCCCUGCUGGACGCCUACGAGAAGUGCCGAGCUCUGGCCGACGCCAAGACAUGCUGCGACUACGCCGUGCACGUCGGCGUGACCUGGUGGGGACCCAAGGUGCGUAACGAGAUGGAGACCCUGGUGAGGGAACAUGGGGUCAACUCCUUCCAGAUGUUCAUGGCCUACAAAGACAUGAUGAUGCUGAGGGACUGCGAGCUGUACCAGACUCUGCAGACCUGUAAGGACAUCGGGGCCAUCGCACGCGUCCAUGCUGAGAAUGGAGAGCUGGUGGCGGAGGGUGCCAAAGAGGCUCUGGAUCUGGGCAUCAGUGGACCAGAGGGUAUUGAGGUCAGCCGACCAGAGGAGCUGGAGUCUGAGGCUACUCACAGAGCUGUCACCAUCGCCAACAGGGCUCACUGCCCAAUCUACCUGGUCAAUGUAUCCAGUAUGUCUGCUGGAGACAUGAUCGCUGCUGCUAAGAUGCAGGGUAAGGUGGUCCAUGCAGAGACCACAGUGGCUCACGCGGUGGCUAACGGGAUGCAGUAUUACCACCAGGAGUGGGCUCACGCUGCCGCCCACGUCAUCGUCCCUCCUCUCCGCCUUGACCCCAACACACCCAGCUACCUCAUGGGCCUGCUGGGCAAUGACACUCUGAGCGUUGUGGCAUCAGAGCACCGUCCAUUCAGCACCAAGCAGAGAGCCUUGGGCAAGGAGGACUUCACCAAGAUCCCUCACGGAGUGGCUGGAGUCCAGGACAGGAUGAGUGUCAUCUGGGAGAGGGGAGUGGUGACAGGAAAGAUGGAUGAGAAUCGUUUCGUGGCCGUGACGAGCUCUAACGCCGCAAAGAUCUACAACCUGUACCCACGCAAGGGCCGCAUCAUCGCCGGGGCCGACGCUGACGUUGUGGUGUGGGAUCCAGACGCAACAAGGACGAUCUCCGUGAGCACUCAGGUGCAGGGUGGAGACUUCAACCUGUACGAGGGGAUGCGCUGCCACGGCGUUCCCCUGGUGACCAUCAGCCGGGGACGUCUAGUAUGCGAGAACGGUGUGUUCAUGUGCGCCGAGGGCUCUGGAAAAUUCUACCCCCAGCGCACCUUCCCUGACUACCUCUACAAGAAGAUGGUGCAGAGAGAGAAGACUCAGGGUUAUAAAAGCGUUGACAGGGACCCUUACUCUGGUGACGUGGUCAAGGUGGCAAACACUAUGAAGAAGGAGCUCGGUUUGGGCCCCAUCGAUGGAGAGAGCCCCACCAAACAAUCCGGCCCUCGAGGACACCAUGGGGGCCGAGACCUCCACGAGUCCUCCUUCAGCCUCUCAGGGUCUCAAGUUGACGACCACAUCCCCAAGAGGUCCUCGGCUCGGAUCCUGGCCCCUCCCGGCGGGCGCUCCAGCGGCAUCUGGUAAUCUCCACUCCCGGAGCUUCAAACCGUCCAAGCCUCCGUGUUUUCUAUGUUUCUGAACAACCAGGAAAACUGCACUGAUUUUCAAACACAGGAUUAAAGCUAAGA